AGGUGGACGGGCCUUUUUCGUCACACGACUUCGAUUUCCGGUUAGAUAGUAUGUUACUGUACUAGUACUAGUGAUCGAAACAAAGAAAAUGGCACCUGAUCCCGACGAAGGCUCGUCGACCACGAGUGCGGCGACCCACCAGGAGACUCCUGACAGAAAAGCGGCAAAGAUAAUCACAUCUCUAGAUUCCGUACUAAAUUGGGAUGGUGCGGCUUUUCAGCUACAGCAUGGAUAUGCUGGGAUAUUAGACUUGCGGGAGACUGAAGAGCAGGCACAAGGAAAAGGAGAAGGCGGCAAAAAUGAGACCUCCGUUGCAGAGCUGUUUUUCAAAACGACGACGUCAUCGAAGACCGGGUCCGGUGACUACAAUUCUGAACAAGAUGCUUGCGACCGAUUAGAGAAUGAUUAUCCCUUCACCCGAUGCCUUCCGAUGAGAGAAUUUCUUCCACCCUCUGCGCGAUGGGCAGAGAUGCCUCCGAGACAUCUCAAACUUGUGGUUGUAAUCCAAAGCAAAACUGAUCUAGAACAAGUGCAGAGCCUGUUUUUUGGCGAUAAGAUGAACACUUGGGCGAUAGAGGCGUUGGUAGUGGAUGUUGACAUCAAAAGUAAUAUAGCUGCGGAUCAUAUUAUCCAUACGGAAGACGCUGCUGAUAAAGCAGCUAAGGUUCGAAGGAAAGACGAUGUUUUAGUGGAGGGACCGGAAAUUGCGGUGGAAGAUCAAGAUUCUGCGAAGGUCACAUCUUCGCUAAGCCGGUCUUCUAAAGCUCCGUCUCCCGUACCUUGGUGUUUGUGGCGACCCAAUCCUUUGCUAGAGCAGUUUUUCGAGAACAAGGACAAGAAGAACAACGACUUUCAGAUGAAUUCUCAAAAGUUCAGCUUUAAAACUGCCGUAGACCUUGGGUGUGGGUCUGGACGGGAUGCUGUUUACCUCGCUCUCCGACUUGGUUUUGACAGUGUCCUAGGCUUAGACUGUGUGCCGAAAGCAGUAGAGCGAUCCCGCGCAUUCGCCCGAGCUCAUGGAGUAGAGGGCAAGACAGAGUUUCGGACUCAGAAAGUAAUCUUCGAAGGAAAACCACAAGCUAGUGUUGAGAGUGGGCCGUCCCCUUCGAGUUCGACUUCUUCUACUGUUGUUCCUGAUGUUAACGGUGAUGCAUCUCCGUGUCCCCCGGGCAAGAAGAGUGAGAACAUCACCCCAGAUGAUAAGGAGGACAAUUUGUUCGAUCUCGUUCUCGUCUCGCGUACUGCCUUAGGCGAAACCAAACAACAACGCCAGAAAAUUGUAGACUCUUGGAUCAAGAAAGGAGGUGUAGUCUUAUGGCAUCAUUUUUUAGAAGGGUGCGCACAUCCAAAAACAGGACUUCUAGGGGACACGGAACUAAGGGAGACGUUUAGUUGUGAAGCAGGGUAUGAAUUGUUGUUGGACAAAGUCAUCACAGACCCUGUGGAUGGAAGAAGAUUGUCAGCGUUUGCUGCAAGGAAAAAAUCUGAAUAAGGAUUUACUUACAUAAUGGUCAUCCCCGACCCCAUGUAAUUUUUCACCCACAAACAGAAGAAGAAGAGCCCUUGUUUGCUGUGAGUAAAAAUACUUACAGUCGAAAAUACGGUGGACAUACCUAGAAUUUAUAGCAGGUGACCUUGUGAUGGCG